UUUUCUCUCCCCCAUCCAAGCCCUGCUCAGCUGAGCUUUGAGAGUUGCUUGCUGCAGCAGCCCCCAAAGGCUAGAUUUUCUGCCAGUCAAAUUCCACCCGAACCUGGGCAUCUCCCUGAAUUCCCUCUUCCUUGGCCACCACUGACUUGGAGGUGACAAGUGCUGAGGACCAAGGAGCUCUGGGGGAAGAAACUACAGGGGAGGGAAGAGCAGAAAGUUAGUGCAAAGGAAAAGGUGGUGCUUUGGAAAGAUGGGGAUGCACCUGGAAUUGCUGAAGAUGUCCUGGGGAGCCUCUGUCCUCCUCUUCUGGCUCCUGCAGGAGGUGGCUUUGGGAUCUGAGAAGGAAAGACACAACCCAGGUUGGAGUCAAGAGCAUGUAUCCAUGCUGGGAUCAGGACCUCGGUCCUGGGAGCGAAAGGUGCGAGAAACCUCGCCAGAUGACAAACGAGCAAAGAUUAGCCAGGAUCUCGGCGGAAGAAGCUUAAUUAUUGACACUUUGACAGACAACAAAACACAGAUUGUGGAAGACAACCAUAAGUACUAUAUAUCCCGAAUUUAUGGUCCUGGUGAGAUGCGAGCCAAAGAACUCUGGAUUGAAAUAGCAGAAGCCAAUAGGAGCCAAGUAAAAGUUCAUGGAAUCCUGUCCAAUACACACAGACAGGCCUCGAGAGUGAUCCUCUCUUUUGACUUCCCCUUCUAUGGGCAUCACUUGCGACAGGUCACCAUAGCAACAGGAGGUUUCAUCUUCAUGGGGGAUAUCAUCCAUCGGAUGCUGACAGCCACAGAAUAUGUUGCCCCUCUUAUGGCUAACUUCAAUCCCAGCUACUCCCGCAAUUCCACUGUCAAAUAUUUCGACAACGGAAAAGUCUUUGUGGUUCAAUGGGACCAAGUGUACUUGGAAGGAAAAGAAGACAAGGGCUCGUUCAUUUUCCAGGCAGCUUUACACAAUGAUGGCAGAAUUGUCUUUGGCUACAAGGAGAUCCCCAUGCCAGUCUUGGAGAUUAGUUCUACACAACACCCUGUGAAAGCUGGCCUCUCUGAUGCUUUCAUGAUCCUCAACUCUACUCCUGGUGUUCCUGAAUCCCACCGCCGGACCAUCUAUGAAUACCACCGAGUAGAACUGGAUACCAGCAAGAUCACAAGCUCAACAGCCGUGGAAUUUCUGCCCUUGCCCACUUGUCUCCAGCAUGAAAGUUGUGAAGUAUGUACAACCUCACAAUUAACCUUCAACUGCAGUUGGUGUCAUGUCUUGCAGAGAUGUUCCAGUGGAUUUGACCGACAUCGUAAGGAGUGGUUGGAAUAUGGCUGUGGUCUAGAGUCAGAACAGAAGACCUGUGCAGACUUUGAAGAAGAUGAACGUUACUACUCCUCACCUCCCAACACCAGUCCCUUCACACCAGUUGAAGAUUUCACUAUGUCUUCUUCCUACUUUGUUGACAGCCUAACUACAGAAGAUGAUACAAAGAUGAACCAGAUUCGUGAAGAUUUGCAAGGUGAAGUUCCUGCGAAGAAAGUGGGAUUGCAACUCCAUACAGGAACAAUUGUUGGUAUCGUCCUGGCUGUUCUGCUCAUUGCAGUGAUUAUCCUUGCUGUCAUUUACAUUAGCAGUAAUCCUACCUCCAGUGCUGCUUUGUUCUUCCUUGAGCGAAGACCACACCAGUGGCCUGCUAUGAAGUUUAGGAACCACUCGACCUACACUGAAGUGGAGGCAGCCAGCCAUGAGAAGGAAGGAUUUGUUGAAGCAGAUCAAUGUUGAGAAAUACAUCUGUUUUUUCGCUCUUACGUCUUUAGAACAUCCAGCGUCUCCCGUCCAGCGUCUACUCUUUAUUUCAGGAUGAAUUAUCUGAAGGAUUGGACAAGAGGGAAAGCAAAUACAAUGAGGAAAUCCCAAAAGUGAAUUAGGAACACAAGGAGCUGCCCUAUACUGUGAUAGAUCAUUGGUUCUUCGUUCUAUCCUGUCAUUUUUGACACUGACUGGCAGGAGCUCUCCAGAGUUUUAGGCAAGGACUAAACUGGGACCUUCAGCAUGUAAGGCAUGUGCUGUUACCACUGAACUACAGCCCUUGGAUGGAUUUGUGAGAACCUAAAAGCAUGAAAAAAGGCAUGUGAAUUUGGCAUAUGGCCGCUAGCAGAAAAAACAAGUAAAGACAAGACAUUACUGCAGAAAUAGUAGCAAGCAACCCACUUCUAGUGUCAUCCACAGCAGGUUGCAAUGUCAUUGAAAAGCUGCCUCUGUCCUCCUUGCCUUUUACCAGCAUUGUAAUGGUAAUCAUGGUGGUAGUACUGUUUAUCAGAAAAACAAGUUUGCCACUGUGUGCUAUCAGAAGUAACACACGUAAUUUAGAACAGCUGGGAAAAAAACAAGUGAAGCUGCCCUAAAGAAAGGUUAGGAGAGAGAAGAAUCCAGAUUUCCAGCUGAGAAUUGGAAUUUACCUUCUACAUAUCCCUUGGGAGAUAAUAUUUUGGAUUUAUGGAUUAUCUUAUCGCAGAAUGGCUGGACAGACUUGUGCUCUUGCAGUAUCUCAGUGUCAAGCAAUGCUUAUCGAAUGCACCACCUGACAUUUGUGGAUGGGGAAAAGCUUAAGCUGAGUCUGAAAUGCCACCUUCAUAUUUAUCUGUAAUGUCAGUAUAAAUUCAAGGCUGGAGAAGGAAAGCAUUCAUUAAGGAGGCCUUGCCACUGACAGUAAUCGCCCCAGUCGACAGCAGAGCGAGCUGGGGGAUAAAAUAUGUACCAAACCUGGCAUCAGACCUCCAAAAAGCCACCACCACCACAGCGACUCAUCUUAUUUCUGCUGUGAAUUACUCUCUUCACCUCCCAACUGGCUCUAGGCUUCAGCUUUCCUUUGCUUUUACAGAAACGGUCUUUUAAGAGAGAAUAGCAGUCAUUGAAACAAUUUUUAAGAGACAAUAUUAAUCACUGGUUUCAGCAACAGAACAUAACAAGGGACUUAUCAGUGGGAAUUGAAAAAUGUAAUCUAUUUUUGAUGAAGCAAGGGUUAUUUUCAGUUGAUAAUUAAGGUAUUGGGAGUAUUAUGGUUGCUUGCUUUUCUGUUCUUACUGGUUGUUAUGUCCUGGAUUUUCUAUAUUUCCCCCCAGCAUGACAGGAAGGUAAAGUUAUAUGGACAGUGAUGGUAAGCAUCCAUGAAAAUGAUACUGAACUAUUUUUAUUGAAUGCAAUUUUUUAUACCACAGAUAAUAUGGUGUAUUCUGAGGCAGAGUUGUCAAUCUGACACCCUAUCACAUUGCCAUAUAAUGUAGUUUCAGAAUGCAUUUUAACUGCAUUGAACUGCAUUAUAUGGCAGUGUAGAUGAGGUCUUAGAUUUCCCUCCCUGGCCAGCACCUUCUUACAGAAAAAUCCAAAAUGUUAUACAUAUCAUAGUAAGUAUUUUGAAAUUGUGAAAACAUAUGUGGGAUACACAAAAAAGGCUUUUAGCUUUGCUAGUUUUGCAUAUUUGCUGAAUUCCUAUUCACAUUGCUGCAUAAUAUAACACGGGCCUGCGUCUGAUUGUUAAUUCUAUCUAGAACUGACCCAGUUAAUCAAUGGGGUUUACCUGUGUAUUGACUCCCUAGUCAAAAAUUGAUUCAGUAGAUUUGCUUUAACUGGGAGUAACCAGUAAGAUACAGACUAUGGUGAACAGCUAACAUCUCUUUCUCGGUUUCUCCAGAUAACCUUUCACAAGAAUAUGAUAUGGCAUUAUUUGUUUUGUGUUAUCCAUUCAUGUUACAUAUGCUUUUUUGCAAUGGAAGUGGUGAGGAAAUGCUGAGAAGCAUGCUGAUAUUGUAUCAUGUGUCUGCGUUGACAAAACACUGCCAGGAAGCUCAGGAAAGACACACCAGCAUAACUGCCAUGCAUUCAAGAUAAACAUUAGUUAAGCCAAGAUAGUUUAAAGCAAAAAUGUUAUAAAGUUUUAGGUUGUAUGAAGAAAUAGUACCAAAUAAAGGUAAACACAAACAUAGUACAGGUUGAGCAUCCCUGAUCUUGAAUUCUAAAAUCCAAAUUACUCCAAAAUUUAGUAUCUUAAACUUGGGUGACUGUUACAACGACGCUUUUAUUUUCUGAUUAUUCAUUAUACACAAACUUUGUUUCAUGCCUGAAAUUAUUUAAAAUGUUGAACUGAAUUACCUUUAAGCUAUGUGCAUAAAUUGUAUAUGAAACAUAAAUGCAUUUUGUAUUAAGGUUUGGGUUCUAUAUUCACUGUGUUCAUAUAUGCAAAUACAAGUAUUCCAAAACCCUAAAAAAUCUGAACCUCAACAUACCUCUGAUCCCAAGCAUUUCAGAUAAAGGAUACCCAACCAGUAUACAAUUGCAGCCAUUGUGCUUUAGUUGGAGAAAAACAAAUAGUAGGAUUUUUUAUUUGUCAGUAGGGAUGUAUUCUAAAAAUUUACAAGCAUUUCAGCCCCAUUCCAUAUCUGAUCUGAAUCUGUUUGCCCAAAGGAUUUCUUUGGGACCAAAUUAGAUAACACAUACAUAACUGCAUAGCCAUAUAGAAAGGCAGGUACAGGCAAUGUGCAAUUGGUGGUUUUCUCAUGGUUCUGUCCUACCUUUAUUUUUAAAAGGUAAGGAAUGGCAGGUAUUCACACAAAGGCACUAUCCAGAACUGACCCAGUUAAUCAAUGGGGUUUACCUGUGUAUUGACUCCCUAGUCAAAAAUUGAUUCAGUAGGUUUGCUUUAACUGGGAGUAACCAGUAAGAUACAGACUAUGGUAAACAGCUAACAUCUCCUGCACAGUUUCAACAGUAAAUUGUAGCAUGCGUAUUGGCUUUCUAUGAACAACACAUAUGUUGCUCAUUUUUCUCAAUCACUGCUAUGCAAGUCUUGGACUGUGAUGAAAAAGAGAUGGUUCAUAUUUAAAAAAAAAAACAACAGGGACGACACAUCAUUUUUUAACCAACUACUCUUAUGGCAAAUAGCUCAAAAUCAUAGAGAAUUAAAGGAUGAUUUAGUAAAGCUGAGUAAAGCUUAAAACGUAUUGUAGUUAUUCCUCUUUAGUCAGACAUGAGGCUUACAUGUUAUUAUGUAGUGAUUUCAUUCCCAAAAUGGAAAUGUAAAAGAUAGUGUUCUGAGGAGGUAUUUUGGAUGGCUCAAAAGGCUGUACCAGCUCAAUAUUAUUGUUUUAUAUGGCUAAAGUACUGGCAUAUUACAACUGUAGGAUUUGGAUGUGUUGAUCAUAUCUGACCCUAAAAGGCCUCAUGCAGGAACUUCCCAUACGUUAAUAAGCCAUUUAGUUAAUACCUAUAGGGAACAGCCACCAAACACCAAAUAUUUAUGUUCUUACUAAAUGUUUAAGCUUAUGUUCUUUCUACAUACUUGAAUUUUAGCAUAAUUCACAUUAAGGGAAGGCAGACUGGGAGAGCUUGAGGCCCUACAUUGACUAUGGAUUGCCUGCAUGGAAUGCAGUGUUAAUGCUAAUAUAUAUGAUAAAAUAUAAAUAAGUUGUACUUUGGAGGAUUGCUUUGGUUUUCACAAUAAAAAUUGCAAAGUUCA